UUGGUUGGCGAGAAAGCGUUAGAAAUAACCGAGACCUAAGUGCUGGGUAUCAGAUAUGAGAAAAGCUGAGAGCCGGUCGGGUGUUUAGCCCUCUUUUACACCAACCAAUAAGAUGUCUAACAAAUAUUAGACUUAUGUGAUUUAUGGUGUGUACCUAAUCAACCCUCUUUCACUUCUCUCCCCUCUCCUUUCGGCGAAGCUCUCUCUUUGGCCUUUUUCGCUCUCUCUCAUCUCUACGCACGCUCUCUCCUGAUUUUACAAGCUUCCUAUUAAAGAAGCAAUGGCUGGUUCUAGGGUUGCCCAUGCCACCUUGAAGGGACCAAGUGUUGUCAAGGAGAUAUGCAUUGGGAUUGUACUUGGUUUGGCUGCUGGUGGCCUCUGGAAAAUGCAUCACUGGAAUGAGCAGAGGAAAGUGAGGCAAUUUUAUGACUUGUUGGAGAAGGGUGAGAUUAGUGUUAUUGCAGAGGAAGAAUAAAUCUUCCUAGUUUCUGUCAUGAUUAUAUUGGUACAUCCAGUUGUUUGUUCCUAAUUUUGUGUUCCCCUCCAUCUGGCUCCCGACUCUAAGAUGAGCUUAUUUUGGAUUUUAUGCGAAUAAUAUAUUGUACUCAUUUGCAGACUGCAGUGUUUGCUUUUGAUAAACACGUGAAAUUUCUUGGUUUUUGCUUA